ACGGGGGCGGAGCGGCUGGCGGUGACGCAGGCCUCACGCCGACGGGCCUCCACCGACUCGCGCGCCUCGCUGCGCGUCAGACCCGGCCGUUGCUCUGUCGCUCGCUCCCAUCUUGGCGGUACUUGCUCCCUGUGGCCCUGAGGGCGUGCGGGCCAGGGUCGGCCCGAAAAGGAGGAGGCGGAGGGAAGCAGGUCUGCGGGGCUAAGUGUCCCGGCGGCGCACCUCGCGGCGAGAAUCGGGAGGAGGAGGAGGAGGAGACUGCAAGGAUAGGCCCAGGAGUAAUGGAGUCCAAAGAGGAACAAGUGGUAAAAAAUCUCAAAAAGGAAAGUGCCCAACAGGAAAAUGAAGAAAAAGAUGAAAAGGAGCCAGUUGCUACUAAAGGGGGAGAGCCCUUGGCCCUCCUUUUGGAAGCUGAUGAAUACUCUGUGCCUAGAGGAAAUCGUAGGCGGUUCCGCGUUAGGCAGCCCAUCCUGCAGUAUAGAUGGGACGUGAUGCAUAAGCUUGGAGAGCCACAGGCAGGGAUGAGAGAAGACAAUAGGGAUAGGAUUGGGGAGGAGGUGAGGCAGCUCAUGGAAAAGCUGAGGGAAAAGCACUUGAGUCAUAGUCUGCGGGCAGUUAGCACUGACCCCCCUCACCAUGACCAUCGUGAUGAGUUUUGCCUUAUGCCCUGAAUCCUGAUGUUUUCCUUAAAGUUUAUAGGGAGAAACCUGCUUCCUAAACUUACAUAUUUGUGAUGUACUUAUCUUGUAAACGUUUUGAUGUUACUUGUUUCUUGUGGGUCUCCCGUUACCAGCUUCUAAUUGAAUGUUGUGUUUUUUACCCCAUUUCUAAGUUUCUGUCAGCAGGGGAGUUUUACCUAUAGCAUGAAAAGAUGGUCAUUAUAUAUUGUGACAUUUAAUAAAGCAGUUUAAAAAAGCA